AUGGCGAUACACAUAGGGGUCCUAACACCUAAUCAAGCACGAACCAUAAAAUCCACAAUCGCCGGCGCAGCCCUACCUCCUAAAGAAAGUGAAAAACCGGAUAUUCCGGCUGAAGUAUUGAAAAUGAGCGAGGUCGUAUUCAAGGAGUUGGACAAGGAUUCCAGGGGAAAGAUUCCAAUCAGCAGCGUUGUGGAAGCUCUGCAGCUGCUUGAUCAAGCUCCAACUGAGAAAGAGGUGCGAGAAAUUGUGGAAGAGCAAAAGCUUGAUGGUGGUUCUGAUGAAAGGGAUACUUCUACGUUAGGUCGAAUUUCAUUUGAAAAAUUCAGUCAAAUAUUGAAGACAAUCUAUCUGCCCCCAGAAGAGCACUUCAAACGCCUUUUCAAUGCUUUUGCCGUACUGGAUGACAAGAACAAGGGCAUCUUGGCAGCGGAUUACCUAUCGGAGUUACUCCUGACUAGAGGCGAUGCUCUAACGAAGAAGCAAGUGAGGGAUCUUAUGAGCGAAUCCAGUACGGCAGCGGACGGAUACUUUGCCUACAUGAACUUCGUGCAUUAUCUGCUGGACGGAUAUUCCAAAAUUCAACGCCCAAAGAAAAAUGAAAGCAAGAAGAAGGCUGGAAACUAUCUCAUUUCCGAAACCUCAAUUCCCUUGCUAGAGGACCCGCGUUACUCACUCAAUGGACUCCAAUUCGGCAUUCGUUCGGAGAGUCGAAAAAACGUUAGAUUUUCGGAGCAAAUAGGCCGCGUACUGAUUCCUUGCGUUGACGCACGCGAAGGUCUCGUGGAACGGAUAUCAGGAAGACCGAAAUCCUUGCGUACUCCACGUAGCACAACAGCGGUCUUCAGCAACGAACCAAAAGCACACGUACCGAGUCUGCUCUGUCUCCCCAAAAUCAGUCGCAGACGUCAGUCCAUGGGUUCCAUUGAGGUUGCCGUCUGGAACAGUGGUCGGCAGUUACGUCAAGUCAUUGCAUCCUCAACGCCCUUUAAGCGGCUCUCUGACUUCUCCACAAACCUCCUACGCGGGCAUGAGGGCUUCAGCUUUGACAAAUGGCGGAGCCAGCCUUUACUGGAGUCUCCUUUACACAAGCGUAAGACGGGGAUUGGCUUACCUCCCGACUCACACUUCGAUAGAAUGGAGUCUGUCUACGUGUCCGAUUCGGAUGGGGACUAUGAAUGGGGGACUCAGAAGGCAAAAGUAACACAAGUAAAUCCCUGCGAGUUGGUCAAUAGUUGCAGUCCAGACGAAGACUAUGAGUUUGAUGAGUAUGUGACACCAAAAAAUGAUUUUCUGCACAUUUUGAGAGCAAAUAAGUGCACACAAUGCAGAAUGGUCAACGAACUGGCGGUGAGAGAGGAAUUGUCCAAUGAAAAGUUGACAUCUUUGACCGUCACCCCAACAAAAACUGCCUUACAGGUUCGAGUUGCGAAAUCCCUUAACAGGUUAACUCUUCCAGAAUGGAUGCAAAAUAAGACGAAGGACUUGGCUGAAGCUAAAUCCACUAAACUAAGCGUCCGUUUGCCAAGAUUUCCACGAUACAUUAACACACCUUUCGACGCAGGGGUGACAGCUUUUUAA